UCUUUCUCUCUCGCGCUCUCUCUCUCUCUCCUUUGGGAAAUAACCCUAAACAUUUCACUGCUUUAUUAAUUCGUUUCUUGAAUCGUUUUUAGUCAGACUUACGAAACUGUGCUUUUAUCGUGCUCGGGACAGAAUCGCGAGGUUGGGAGAUUUGGCAGCGCUCGGCUUCGGUGUUUGAUUGUCACGGUCGGUCGUUCAGUGUCAUUUUCAGCACUGACGUUAAUGAGUCGUGUUUGAGUUGACUGUGACGGCUCGGUUUCGCAGUUGGGUCGAGGUAUGGAGUGGCUUUGAGGAUCAUGGGGUGAUGUAAAAAGCGCUGUUUUGAGGCAGAUUUUUCGCGUGUGAUACGCCCUACGAGCUGCGCGAGCUUCUCGCAUCAUCAUACACCUCCAGCACGCGCUUGCCGCCUUUAUCCAGGAUUACUUUAAUCGCGCUGCAAAAGACCGUCAGCGCUGUACAUUUCUUCUUUUUAGACGUGUUUCUUUCCGUUUAGUCUGUUCCUCCACCUCAUAUCUGCAGUGGAGGAAGGCAGCAUCUGUUUGUACUGUACAGUGAGUGAGUUGAGGGUGAAUUUCGAUGUACACGGAGAUCAGAGCAACUUCUUCCGUCUCCUCACGUCAGGUUUUGCAUGGCAAAGUGUGAUGACCCAUGCGCGACGGAGGAGCUCUUUAUGUGGAUAUAAGAGUGAAUCUGUGGACCAGGUGAGCUGUCAGACACAUGCUGAAACUAUGGACAGAACUUGGCCAGAGCGCCCAAUUCAAAAGAAGGCUAAACAAUGUCCUUCCAAAAGAGGAAAAGGUAAGGAAAUAAAAGGGAAGAACACGGAGAGAGACCGGAAGCUGUACCCCCUCAGGGGAAGACAUGGAUUGGGCGAAGUAGGCACGCUUAACUGCUGUGUUGUACUGACACGUUUGGAUGAAAGUGACACUCGUAAGACCAGCAUGAAGGCUCUGCGUAAGACUGAAGGGAAGCAGGAGGAAAUGCGGGGAAAGGGAAAAAUCUGCAAGUGUCGCAAGAAAACCUGUAAAUCUUGCCAGUCAGCGCCUGAACGGAAAAGCAAAGUGAAACCUGAUAAAUUUGCCUUAUGCACAGAAUUCAUUCUUGAACCUCGUAAAAGGCGGCUAGCCUCUCUGAAUGCUGAAGCUGUUAACAGUCUGCUGUUAGACAGAGAGGACCCGCAACAGACAUUAAAAGCUUCAAAGAAGCAACAACAGACAAAGGGUGACAGCUCUUUCACUAAAGAUACAGUGAAAGAUAACAUUUCUACUAAAAAAAGGCAAGAUGGACGAAAACGUUUGUACUCCGGAAAAUCUGAACAAUGCAAAAACCCCAAAAAAGCAAAGACUGAGGGUAUUGAUUUGCAAAUUCUUACUGCUCCCACUCCAAAACGUCUCGCAGGAUUAACCGCGGCUGCCUUGCUCAAGCUGACCAGCACGUCUGCGGGAGUAAAACGCAGAGGUAAAACAGACAAUAAAACGAGUGGAAACGGAGGAUUGCGAGGGAAACAGCUUCAGGCUAAGUCACGUCAACAGCAGCACAACUUGCCAUGUCAGUCCAAACUUAAAGUAUCGCAGCAAUGCUGCAGCCUUUGUGAGAAGCAAGCCCUCCACUGGGAUGGGAAUACAGGAAGCCAUGGCUUCAUUAGCCCUGGAUAUCAGUGCAGAUCCAUGCUCGGAUUCCCCCUGAAGCCUGUGAAGGAAGAAAAAAACGAAACUGAAGUUAAAUCAUAUUACUGCUGUUCCCAAGAGAGAUCAGUCGAGUAUUGCCACAGACUAGCCCUCUUUCUUGGUCAAAAAACCUACCCUGAAACAGAUGAACAUUCUCUAAAAGGAUUUCUACCUACUCCUCACACCCUGGCACAUCCAGCAAUGCCUAUCGGUGCCCAUCCUUAUCCCUGUUACCCCGGAUACUAUGUCCACAUUGCCCAUCACGGGACUCCAACACUUCCUGUUAGUUCAAAUCCUGGAACUCACGCACCUUCUUCUGUAACCCCGCUGACAAUGUGCCCUAGUGGGGUCCAGAGACCCAAACUGAUUCACUCUUCAGUGUCCCAUCCUACGGGGAUCCCUCAUCCGGCAUACUGUAAUUCUGUGGGGACCUGCUAUGGAGAACCGUGCAGGCUCACCGGCUAUGCCUACAGACCCACACAACCCAUCGCUAACAGAGGCUGCUCGUACAGUGCAGGAUGCUCGGGCUGCAUGCACAAAAUGGAAACAGAAGACUACUCCUACCCACUGGAUGACCACAGCUCAUCUAUCAGCAUCCCUCCUGCCCUGCCUCUCUCCAUCUGCCCUAUCUCUAAUGUGCCUCCGCCCACCCAGCCAGUACCCCACCUUCAGACACCUCUUGAUGAUGCCAGUCGGGCACAGGUGCAGAUUAGAGUGGGUCGGGAGUGCCCUCAAAGGGCCAAACCGCCCAGCGGCUCUCGGUCUGGGGUGCGGGACUCUGCUGUUUGCCCCCACAUUAAGGAUGGCCAGCUGGGAGCAGUCCAUGGCAGCACAGCUGCCAAGCAGUCUAAGAUCAACCGUCGCCGGGCAACAAACGGCUGGUUGCCAGUUGGUGUGGCAACAGAGAAGGAGGUAUUCAUCGUGGGUGAGGACUCAACAUCCCUGCGUCGGUGCUAUGAAGGAGUACAGAGAGAUGGGGAGGUGAUCAGGGUUAGAGACACAGUGCUGCUGCGCUCAGGUCCCAGAAAGAAGUCCUUGCCUUAUGUGGCUAAAGUGUCUGCCUUCUGGGAGGAUCCUGAAUCAGGGGAGCUGAUGAUGAGCUUGUUUUGGUACUACCGCCCAGAACACACUCAGGGGGGUCGCAUUCCCAGCAUGCACUGUGAGAAUGAGAUUUUCGCAUCUCGGCAUCAGGACGAAAACAGUGUGGCGUGUAUCGAGGAUAAGUGCUAUGUAUUAACAUUAGCACAGUACUGUAGAUUUUGUGCCUUGGUGAAAUGUCGCGAGGAGGGGUUUCCCAGACGUAGCCCCCUGGUUCCUCCUUCUAACUACGUAAUUCCUGCUCAUCGUUGCGUGCCCAGUGACAUAGACCCUGACCUGGUGUUCGUCUGCCGCCAUGUUUACGACUUUCGUUUCGGCCGUCUGCUGAAAAACCUGCAGUAGGUCUCACAGGGGUGAAUUGAUGGAGCCAUACACUGAAAAUUCAAAUCCAAAACGUCAUGACACAAUCAAGUCCUAUCAACCGGAUGCCACAGGGAAUUGGGUUGUUGUUUUUUAUUAGUUUCCCUUUAGGAUAAAUGCUCUCUGUGUAGGACUCUACGAGUUUACAUUAGUUUUUUCUUUGUGACGUCGUAUAAUGGCAUUCUGAGCACAACGACCUUGAGUUUAAAGGUACCAAUCGCCAAUAUGUGAUUUCUCACUCCAUGAGUUUGAGUAUUUAUUUUUGCAGUUAUCUUUUAUAUGUGCUGUAUACGUGUAUAAAGAACAAAAAAAAAUGAUAAUAAUGCAGGAACAUUACCUUGAAUAACGGAAUAGAGCUCAAUUUGGUAGUAAAUGCACCCUUACUAAUCCUGAUUAUUUGUAGAAUUAAAGAUAUAUUUAUUUUUAGAUGAAUUAAACACAAGCUCCUUAUUGUAGCAGGCACCAUUCGUAUUUCUUCCUCCAAUCAAUUUGAUCCAUGAACAUUCAUUAAAUUCAUAAAAGGGUGUGGAGGACUUAUUAUGAUGGACCAAGUAUCCCAUGUAAGUGCUCCGUUAAUCGACCAACGAAAGGUUUGUAUGUCAAGCUGUUGUCCUCUUGUUUCCCUCGAGACUUGCCUUAGAGUUUCCCCUCAUCCGAUUUUCUGCCUUCCCAGCAAACCAAAGGUUAUCACAGCACUCCUUAGCAUCCCAGGCCACCACCUUUGCAUCUCCAUAAAAUUGCACUAACGUAUCAUUUACCGAGUCAGCAGUUUGACUGUGAUUCAAAUGUCACCUGCUACUGAUCUCCAAAUGCAGGAAAAUACUGUGUAUUUGUCGUACGUGUACAAAGAGAAACGAGAUAACUCUAAUCUUAAUGCGGGAGGUGCUCGGUAACUGUCAGUUACAAAUGUGAACGGACAAAUUUUAUCUCAUUGGCACAGGCCUGCUUUCAACGCGUGCCCUUCGCUUCUCGUCCUACGAUGUGGUUUUGUUACAAGAUCUUUAAUUAAGAAAUGAAACGCUGUUUUAUAUGGUCUGUCUGUGCCUUUAAGAGUCUGCUAUCGGUGUCAGAAGUUUACUUUUUAUCAAGCUUUACGUUUUCGGCCUGCUUGUUUCGCAUCUGUUAUCUGUACUAAAAAGCAUUGAUAAGAUUGUCUGCCCGCCAUAUGCUGACCUUCACACUCGCCUCUUUAAACUGUUUUGGAGUUGUUUUGUAACAUUACAAAUCAUCUUAACAGACUUUUACAAAAGAUGUGAGGUGAUUUCGCAUUCAAAUGGUAACUUUUUAUACAUGAGGAGACCUGUUUGGUUUUUAUACAAAGACAGUUUGUGUAGGUUAACAAACUUUUUUUUUAAAUGUAUACUAGAAUCCAUUCCUUUCAAAUUAUGUUAAUCUGUCCUUUCAAUAGUUUAAUAUUUAAUAGUCCUUUUGCAUUAUCAUGCCCAAAUAUAAAAAACAGAACUGAAAUAUCACAGUAUCUUCCCGAUCUUAUGCUUUGUUUUGUCAGUUAACACAGUUAAUGUCAUCUGCUAGCGUCAGAUAUGCCAGUUUAGACGUGGUAAUGCCAUAACGGUUUUGCGGAUCAUUUAAGCAGAGCUCUUUUUUGCUUCGGUUGACAGUGUGGUCGAGUAGAUUCUUGCCGUUUGUGUGAAAAUUAAGUAUUUUUGAAAUGUGUGCGCUUGUAUAGCAGAAUGUUCUGGAAAUGAAUUUGUCAACGUGUACCAAAAUUGGGUAGAGGAUUACGUUCAUUCCUCUGUAUACAAAACUGACCAUGAAGUCCUUUGCUCUUUUGAUGUGCGACUGUAUGUGGGCGAGUGUGUCUAUAUAAAUAUAUAUAUAUAUUUCAGUGCAGCAUGGAAGUACUGGGCAUUCUUUGAAAUUAUAGAUCUAGCACAGCGCAUUUGUAUUAUUUAAAAUAGAAAUGUAUAUUAUAAGAGGAAAAUAUUUAAAAGGAAUAAAUAAUAUAUGAGUAUCAAG